ACGCGUAACGGUCCAUCGGAGGCCCGAUCCAGAAUCGAUUCGGUGUUAUUCGAGGGAAAUCGGAGGAAGGACACCGUGGUCGAAGAUCCUUCGAAAGGACGAGUCGGUACGCGACACACGCGACAGGAGAAGCUGGAACAGAAAUGGCGUUCACGCUGAUGUUCAUCGGCCUGUUGGCCUGCGGUUCCGCCCAACUGAUCUACCCGGACGAGUUCGAGCGAAUAAAGACCUCGACGGUCCCUCCGACUUAUUUCACGACGCCUAGUCGCCAACCGAGGCCCUCCGUGGAGAGGAACGUAGCGUACUCGCAAUCCAACCCGCUACCUCCGGAACCGCUGGGUAUGAGCGUCUCCGAAGUGAUGGAAACCAGUACGACUCAGCGUGCAACGCAGGUAGAUUCAAAAUUCACCGAGAAUCCCCUGCUGGACUGGGGCGAUCACGUGAACAAUAUCAUCGUGAGAGGCGUGAUGAAGUUCGCGUUGGACAUGGAGAGAGAAAUCUACAGAACUCGAGGUACGUCGAUGAUCGACCAACGAGAAAACAUAGUUUUCUCGCCGAUCAGUCUCUCCGCGACGAUGGCCAUGGUCCUGGCAGGUUCUGCUGGCAGAACCUUCGAGGAAGUGUCCAGAGUUCUUGGCCUGGAGGCUGGUGUCGACAUCUCGCGAAACUCUGAGAUCGUCCAUCAGAUGUUUGGCAUACUGCUGAACCAGCUUCGCAGUAAAAUAGCAGGAUCGCCUGGACCUCGAGUCGACAUUGCCACGGGAGCAUUCGUCCAGGAGGGGUAUCCGAUACUUCCACAAUUCAAGGCGAUUAGUCAAAAUGUAUACGACACCGAGGUGAUAAACGUGGACUUCAACAGGCAGGGGAAACUGACACAGGAGUUGAUCAACUCGUGGGUGAAGCAGAAGACGAUGGGGAAAAUCGCCACUAUCUUGAGCAAUCCUCCAGAUCCAGCGACCAGCGUCAUUCUCUUAUCUGCGCUCUAUUUCAACGGAGAGUGGAAUCAGCACUUCCUGCAAGGAGCUACCAAAAGGAAACCGUUCUUCAUCGAGCCAAACGAAGCGAUUACGAUCGACAUGAUGUACAACGGCGGACCGUUUCCUUUCUACGAAGACAAGCAAUUGGGAGUGAAGAUCCUCGGUCUUCCCUACAAGGGCUACGAAACCACGAUGUACGUGCUGCUGCCGACAGCGAUGGGCGCGAAGGCCCUGCAAGGUUUCCAGAACCAGCUGACCGUCGACAUCAUCGAGAAUCUGAUCCAAAAUAUGAAGAACGAGACCUGUAUCAUCGGUUUCCCGCGAAUGAAGUUGUCCAGUAGUCUCAGUUUGAUGUCGCCGCUCGCGAGCCUGGGUCUAACGUCUCUGUUCAACCCGAAUACAGCGGACUUGAGUCUCAUGUCGCAAGGUUACAGAACCAACGCAUCCCCGUCGCCCAACACCCAGAACGACGUGACGUUCAACCCACGUUUCGGCAACGAAAAGAAGCCGGAUCACAUAGUGAGGAGGAAUUACUUCACGUACGAGGAAAAGGUCAAGGGUUACACGGUGGAGCAAUGGUCCACCGGGUUCUCGAUAAGAAAAUCCAGAAAGCCUCGCGAAACCGAGUCUGUUCGGAGGUCGCAAGAGAGCAGGAACUCUUACGAAGCGGAUGGAUCCGUAACCGAGGACGUGAACGUUGUGAAUCUCGAAGAGAACAAGUAUCGUUUCCAAGGUAGACAGAGGAGGACCAGAAGGCAGAGCAGGCCCAUCGAUCAGAACUUCCUGGACUUCGUCAAGCGGCGUAAUUUACCGUCGUACGGGUUGGACGAGCUCAGGAACAGCGCCGCGUUGGUGAACCCGCAUCUGUAUGCUACCGACGUUCUUCACAAGGUGGAGAUCGACAUCACGGAGAAAGGCACCGAGGCUGCGGCCGCUACGGCCGUGUUGUUGGAGCGUGAUGGGAAUCAGAAGAGGCUGGUGGCGAACAGACCUUUCUUGUUCUUCAUCAGGCACGAUCCCACGAGGCUCGUGCUCUUCUGGGGCACGGUGAACGCUCCUACUCCGAAUUAUUCUGUGACGUAACGUGCAAAUGUUUAAAAUAUCGAGUGAUUGGAGGAUCCUUAACUUUUAAUUGAUAUUGUUUACCAUUGCUUGCCGUCGUAGCUGCUUGU